CACUCCCAUCACUCCACCCACCACCUCCAGCCAUAUCUGCACCCGCCCUCCCACUGCGCCCUCCCGCCCCCAUACCAUCCUCUACAUACUCUCCGUCAACACACCCUCUCCGUCCCACGCCUCCCGCUCCGUCUCCCCCGUCAGUGUCUCGUGUGA